AUGGCUCAACUCCUGAACAGCAUACUCACCGUGAUCAAGGUGUUCCAGAAAUAUGCUCAAGAGGACGGGGACUGUGCUUUGCUGUGCAAGAAGGAGCUGAAGCAGCUGCUCUUAGCUGAGUUUGGAAACAUCCUCCGGAGACCAAAUGACCCAGAGACUGUGGAAACCAUCCUGAGCCUCUUGGAUAAAGACAGAAAUGGACAUGUCGAUUUUCAUGAGUAUCUCUUGUUGGUGUUCCAGUUGGUCCAAGCUUGCUAUCAUAAGGUGGAAAAUAAGUCAUGUGGAGAUAGAACCUCCCAGCAAGAAAGGGAGCAGGAGGGAACACAAGACCAUAAGUUUCCAGGAAAUACAAGCAGACAACAUAGGCAGAGGCAUGAGGGAGAAAGGCAGGACACCUACCACAAUCAGUCUAAGAGACAAAACCAGGACACCCGCCAGGAUCAGUCUGAGAGACAAGAUAGGGAUUCCCGCUAUGGUCAGUCUGAGAGGCAGGAUCAGGACUCCUGCUAUGGUCAGUCUGAGAGACAGGAUCAGUACACCCACCAUGGUCAGUCUGAGAGACAGGAUCAGGACUCCUGCUAUGGUCAGUCUGAGAGACAGGAUCAGGACACCCACCAUGGUCAGUCUGAGACACAAGAUAGGGUUUCCCACCAUGGUCAGUCUGAGAGGCAAGAUCAGGACUCCAGCUCUGGUCAAAGACUGAGUCAUAAAUCUAGCAGUGGCCAGUCUAAAAGACAAGGAUAUUUAUUUGCCUUAAAUCAGUGUGAGAAACAAGUUCAGGAUUCUCAUAAUGGCCAGUCUGAAAGGCUUAGACAACAACUAAGCUGGGACCAGCCUGGAAGACUUGGAGAGGACUCUUGCUCUAGCCAAACCAACCAACAGGAAUCAGGCUCUUAUUAUGGACAUUCUGUGAGGCUGGGUCAGGAAUCAGGUUGCCGUCAGAGAAACAGGCAAGAAUUGGAUUCUCAGUAUUGCCAGACAUACACACAAGGCCAGAGUUCCCGCUAUGGCCAGACAGACAGGCAAGGCCAGAGUUCCUACUAUGGUCAGACAGACAGACAAGGCCAGAAUUAUCAUUGUGGUCAGACAGACAGACAAGACCCAAGCUUUCAAUAUGACAAGGCAGACAAGCAAGGCCAGAGUUCCCACUAUGGCCAGACAGACAGACAAGGCCAGACUUCCCACUAUGGCCAGACAGACAGACAAGGCCAGACUUCCCACUAUGGCCAGACAGACAGACAAGGCCAGACUUCCCACUAUGGCCAGACAGACAGACAAGGCCAGACUUCCCACUAUGGCCAGACAGACAGACAAGGCCAGACUUCCCACUAUGGCCAGACAGACAGACAAGGCCAGACUUCCCACUAUGGUCAGGUAGACAGACAAGGCCAGACUUCCCACUAUGGCCAGGCAGACAGACAAGGCCAGACUUCCCACUAUGGCCAGGCAGACAGACAAGGCCAGACUUCCCACUAUGGCCAGGCAGACAGGCAAGGCCAGACUUCCCACUAUGGCCAGGCAGACAGACAAGGCCCAAGCUUUCAAUAUGGCCAGACAGACAGACAAGGCCGGAGCUCUCAGUGCAGUCAGUCAGAAACUGGGGAAACUGGGCAAAAUAGGUACUUCCAAGGUAGUGAGGGAACAAGCAGAGGCUCAUGUGUUGAGCAUUCAGGAAGGUCAGGGAGAGCAAGUCAACAGACUCAAGGACAGAAAAUGAACAAAAAUCAGGGACAGAGAUUUCAAUCUAGGGUAGGGCAGCAGAACAGUCACCAGUCAUGGGAGCUUGAGGAAGACAGCCAACACCACCAACACAAACUCAUAGCACAAAUCCAGCAAGAAAGGCCACGCUCUCACAAAGGGAGAGAUGGGCAAUCAUGCGGUAGUGAGCAGGGUCACAGACAGGCUCAGGCCAGGGAGAGCAAUGGUGAGGGGCAAAGUCAUCAGGCAAAGGAAGAGCAGGGCCACCAAACCUGGGGUAGACAUGGUCAUGAGCAUCAGGAAAUUCCACGUGAGACACAGGACAGGCAAACCCAUGAAGAGAAACAAAGCCAUCAGACACAGGACAGGCAAACUCAUGAAGAGGAACAAAGCCAUCAGAGAAGAGAGAGGCAAACCCAUGAAGAUCAAAACUGUCAGCAACAAGGGAAUAAGCAAACCCAUGAGAAGAAAGAGAGAUAUCAAGGGUCCCAGGAUCAACAAUCCCAUGGGACCCAGCGAGGCUGUGCUAACAGAGAAAAAUUCCACAUGAAUGAGGAUGGCCAGAGCCAAGGCUCCCAAGGAAGACACAGUGACCUGGCCUUCCAUCCAACCCAGAGCAAUGGGAGGCCUCCAAGAAGAGAAGAGGGUAGAAGUCACCCUACCAAGGGGGCUAUUGCUCCCAACCCCUUCUAUGACUAUCUACAAGAGCAGAGAGAGCACUGGCAGUAG